GCAGUUCCAGUCUGUGAUUGGUAAGAGGUGAGAAAACCAGAGUUUAGCUGUGUGAGUGAGUGAGUGAGUGAGUAAUUGUGUGUUCACAAGAUAUACACAUACAUACACAGAAGAACACGAAUGACGGACAUUCAGAAGCAGCCGAUUCCUGAGGAGGUGAGCGGCGGCCCCGGUGUGGCUCCAGCUGACCCACCUCCGUAUCAAACUGGACCAGAUCAGAUGCAGCCCCCUCCUCCAUACCCCUACGGCUCAACCGUCUACUCCACUUACCCUCCUGUAGCUGCAGCCUAUGGUCCAGACCCCACCCCACCUGUGUAUCCAGCAUAUCCACCUUACCCCCCUGGGCAGGGUGGUCAUGUAGCGGAUAACCUACCCCCUGAGGGUAAUAUGGCCUAUACAGGAACUGAGUGCACAGAUACUCAGUCAGUUCUUGUAGAUUCAGCAUUCGAGGACAAAACCGUGCGGCGGGCUUUUAUCAGAAAGGUGUUCAGCGUGGUCACUCUGCAGCUGCUGGUCACCUUCUCAGUAGUGUGUGUGUUCACCUUCUCGGAAACAGUGAAAACAGCAGUGCAGUCCAACAUAUGGGUGUACAUCAGCUCCUACAUCAUCUUUAUGGUGGUGGCUAUGUGUCUGUCUGUUUGCUCCUCUUUCAGUCGCUUACACCCAUGGAACCUCAUCAGCCUGGCGGUAGUGACCUUGAGUCUCUCCUACAUGGUGGGAACUGUGGCUUCCUUCCAUAACACAACUUCUGUGGUCAUUGCUAUGGGUGCUACACUAGUCAUCUCCUUCACCAUCAUAAUCUUCUCUGCUCAGACCCGAGUGGAUUUUACUAUAUGUAAUGGUAUUAUCAUCAUUCUGGCAGUCGAUCUGCUCAUGUUUGGCUUCUUCAGCAUAUUUUACUACUCAAGCAUGUUACAGAUUUUGUACGGAUGUCUGGGAGCUCUGCUUUAUUCACUGUUUCUGGCGGUGGACUGUCAGUUGGUGAUGGGUCGGGAGAAGUACAGCCUGAAUCCUGAGGAGUAUGUCUUUGGAGCCUUAAUCAUCUAUCUAGACAUCAUCAUGAUCUUCCUCUACAUCCUCAUGAUUCUUGGUGGAAGCUCAAACAAUUAACUGCUUUUGAUUAGAAAAGAAAACGUUCCAUUAAAACGCAUUUAUACAGACAUUCUCCAUUUAGCACCAGUUUUGUAGAAGAUCCAGAAAGGACAUUUCACUCAGAGUUUGGUUACUAUAGCACUCAAACGUGAUUAACAUCACUGAGUCUGUCUAUUUAUCUAAAUAUCUCUCUAUACAUCUACCAACAUGUAAUGUGACUGAAAUAUAAGACUGGAACUAAUGACUCUUUAAGUAGUCGACUAGUCUACCCAUUAUUUUUUGAUUAGUCGAUUAGUUACUAUUAUUACUUUUGUGUUUCCUAUUGGUAAGGGUUAUGAUCCAAUGGAUGUUUUACUGCACAUUGACAGCUAAACAUUUAGGGCUCUAGACAGAUUUUGCAGGAUAUAUAAUACCUAUAUUAACCUAAAUAUUACAAAGCAAACUAUAGGGGAGAUUCACACAUGCUGGAUGUUGUUAUUUUCAGGAAAAUUUAGGUCACUUGAAUAUAUCUUCAAUGUAAAUAUGAACAGAAAUGAUAUUGUCCAAUGAAAAACAAGUAUAUUUUUGUUUUAGUAUGUUUUGCAUACUACAUAAUGUGAACACACAAACUGUCUCUUACACUGUGGCAAAAUUCUUGAUGAAUGGACCAAUAGAAAACGAAACGACCUGAAAUGAACUCUCUUUACAUUGACUUUAAUUGAAAGUUAAGAAGCUUUUAUCUCUCACCUUUAAAAUUUCUGUUUUCAAGACACAAGUUGUUCAUUGGACAGAAACAAUUUAUUACUCUGAAUUUGACCAUUUUUAGGCCUGUCGCGAUAACUAUGUUAUCGAUUUAUCGUACAAUAAGUUUCAAGAAAGGGUGGUAUGUCCUGAUUAGUUUAUCACAUCUGAUGAAAACUAGCAGGAAAUAAAAGCUGAGAUUCUGAA